UUUGCAAUCAGCUGACUUCCAUUCACAUGACUGCAAUUAGCAUAGGACCGCUGCAGUGUGUAUCAUAUUGUAGGUAGCAUGUAUUACUAUAUGUUUAAAAUAUAGGGUACGUUAAUGACUGGUGGUUUGGGUCAGAUAAACAGCUCUUUCGCUUUGAUAAUUAGUGGCCAUUUAGCUUAGCAUGUUGGGCAUUCAGGCCUAGCAAGUGAAUAGCAGCUGGUAGCUGAUUGAGCUAGCUGAGACAACUUUGAUUUAACUACAACAAUUAACGUGUUGGCAGAAUUUGUCAAAAUGGACAAGAUUGCUAAAGAUGUGGGUGAUAUCCAGUCACGACUGUUGGACCACAGACCAAUCAUCAGCGCAGAGGUCCGCUACUUCGUGAGAGAGUUUGAGGAAAAGCGUGGACACAGAGAGAGCAGACUGCUGGAGAACCUCAAUAAAAUGGUCCCCGAAGCAAACGAGCAAAUGCUGCCGACAGAUUUAGAGGGCAUGAUGUCCGAUGUGGUUAAACGUUUGGAGGCUGCUAAUCACAUGGCAGAGAGAGUCCAGCAGAGGGAGCUAGAGGCACAGCAGAGCACCCAGCUGCAGGGGAACAUGGAGCGUUUGAAAGAUGAGUGGACAGACUUUCUGAAGGCGCAGCAACGAUUAAAGGAGGAAGUGGAUGAGGAGCACGCCAAGGCUGUCGGACAACUCAGCACCCGGUACACUGAAAAGAAGAAGGAUUUGACCAAGCUUUCCCCCCUGUGAUCAGUUUGCGGUGGUGUGAGUGAACAAACCUCUCUUGUUCCAUGCGCGUGCUUGUUAUGGACACGGACUGUUCUGCACGUGCAAAACAAAGCAAUCGGCUUUGACGGAUGAACUUAGUGGUUGUCGUAGAAUGUGGAGGUCUCCCACAAGACUCAACAUUUUCCAAAUUGUAAAUAUUAAAGUGUGAUUAACAAGGUGGAAUUUCACGGGCCAUCAAACUUACAAGUCUCUCUGUCUUCAGCACACGGAACUUUCACGGUGACCUAAAAGGCCUGGAAUGUGUCGUUUUUAAACAAGCAAUCAUUUGAUUGUUCCUCGACCGUGAAGUUCUCAACAUUUCAAGAUUUUAAUGGAUGCCUGCCUGAAGGGUGCUGAUGAUAAAUUUGUGUCGGCCUCCAGUUGAAAGGAACCUGGAGUUUGGCGCCACGGCGAUAAAUUCUAAGCACUGGAAGCCAGAUCAUUAAAUGUUAGAAAGGCCCUUCUGAGCAGGUGUGUUUAAAGCACAAGUCAAGUGUUGUAGAAACGAGCUCAAACAAAACCGUUUCCAGAACAAGUCAUCCCUCACCAGCUCUCCCGUGUUUGGAACAUUUGACCUCUGACAUUAACUUCAUGUAAACCAACUGUCUAUGAAGUAACUUUCAUUAUAAAAGGCCUUAUAGUGAUUGAUCUACAGCAGCUGUUUUUUGUUUGCUUUUGCCACCUCAAAUCUGAUUUGAAUAAGUCACAAAUCCAAUAUUUUGAUUCCGUUUAAACAGAGAAAGAAAAACAUCAAUCCGAUUUGAACUUUCUGGUUUUCAUUUGUAUUCUGGUCAUGUUUACAUAAAAUAAAAAGAUUGUUUUUU